CCGGGGCACGCGACUGGCUGGCAGCGCGUCAGUCAACUGUUCGCGAAUUUUCAGUCACUCGCCAUCGGUUGUCGCUGCUGUAGCAAUGGCGCAAGCUCGACGCGACACGAGGGAAAUGCGGACCGACGUAGUACCAGCCCGGAACGCGUGGCACUUGGCCGCCAUCACCUGGAUCCUCCUGAGCGGCGUCGUCACUGCCGAGCAACACGGGCAUCGGCCGAGAGGGCCACGCCCCGGACAGCGGACAGAAGACGUCGUGGAAAGGGACCGAGGCCCGGAGGACGAGCUCGAGCUGACAGCGCAGAAGGAAUUGCGCUCCUUCUCUAAAUGGAAGGUGGAGCACAGUUACGAUGACAUCGCAAUAUGGAGGCCAGAAGGAGGAGCGAACAGUCUGUGUCCACCCCCAAGUCUGCAUCACAUUGAACCAGCUCUCUGCGACCACCCCCUGUGUAAUGACGACGUGGACUGUGCUUCUGGAAGAGAGACUGAGGCAUCUGGAGCAAGGGACAAUGAAACAAGCAGUUACGCGUGCUGCUACAAUGGCUGCGUCAACACAUGCACCAAGAAGCUGGAACCACCCAUAGCAUUUGACUGGCUGGAGGAAUUUCGUGCAAAUGAGGGCAGAACAGACAAGACAUCUGGAGUGAGGCAGGGUGCAUCAGGAGUGCCAGUGCAGUUACGUACUCGCACAAUCCCAGAAGCGAUCACGUUCCCAGGGGGCUGCGUCCUUACAGCCAACCAAUAUAUGGAGCUCGAAGGCUUCCGUAGGAAUGCUCAUAUCAACAAGUGCUUCUGUGAUAAGGGCGGAAUUUCGUGCGAGGUGUCACAAGUGAAUCUGUCGUAGAGGCAAUGUUGCUGCACUUCUCUACUUUGGACCAAGACUCCAAUGCAACGGGUGUGAAGAAAGGACACUGCCAUGCUUUUAUCAUCAUGAUGCAGUGUGAACGUGUAUGGCGUUUCCAUGGUGAAGUUUCCAGAAUUGUCUUUUGCUGCAGAGAGAUGAAGAGCACAUUAUGAUGUAUUCUUUAAGUGAAGAGGAAAGAAAUUGGGGCAAUGUCUGUCCUUCAGUGUUACUUAAAACAUUUAAUAUGAUAAUAUUAAACAAAAUACAGGACAAAUGUUUAUAAAGUUUGCCAGCAACAGUAUUUCCAGUAAAUAAACAAUAUGUUUCAACAUAAAACCUUUAAAAAUGUAUUUGAGCAUGUAGUGGUGUCUACUGUUACCAAUGUCAUUUCUGGAAUUGCGUUUUAAUAUUUUGGUCCGCAGUGGAUGUUGAUAGCAGUUAUGGUAAUGACUGAUGCAAAUUGCAGGGGACUUGUGUAUUCUGUGGCCUGGUCUUCCGGCUGGAACGCAUGCAGCACCAUCUGCUUUAGGCCUAACCAUGAGUAACUUCUAGUUAUGAUCAGAGAACUUAUCUUUUCCAAAUAGUUUGACCCAGUUGCUAUUUUAUUGCUGCCAAGAAAACAAGCGCCCAUCAGCCCUACCCUUAUUUCCUUUUCAGUCUUAGUGCACGUCUGUAGAAGAUAACAGUGUCCAGGGCUUGUAAGCACAUGCUUAUUAUGUUAUUGUCUUUGUUGGAAAUAAUACUAUACCUUUCAUGAUGAUGUUAAUCGGCUUAAAUGCAUUUUCAAGGCUUAUGGUAAUUAAGAUGUAUUAACAAUAAGAACAGAAACACAAACAGUUGGAGCAGUAGAGAUUUCAGUUCAAUGUGAAUUGGACAAGUAAUUGGAAUUUAAAGAAGUUGUGUGAUUCUGGUAUCCCUGGCCUGGGCAGCCGUCAUACCCCAUCCAGCGAGUGCAAAUGAGAGGAAUUAACAGUGUACCAAAAAAGUGUCACUGUAAAGUGAUGGAACUUUUGUCCAAUGUAAUGCCACUAAUCUGCACUACUUGAACUAGUUGCUGUUGUCUGCUAUAAUAUGUAGAAAGACACUGUGACAUAAUAUGUACAACAUAACUUGAAAUUGUGUGCACUCAUGUUUCUGCCCAUUCAGUUUGAAUGGAACAUGAAAAGGUAAUAAAAUGUGACCACACCCUCA